AUGCCAACCUGCUUGUUGCCUUUUUCUCUCACCAGGCACUCGAAGCUGGCGUGCGCUUCCUUUCAGCGUCUGAGGUUUCACACUGUGGGGAGUCGCUGCAAGAAUCGGACAGGCACCGAGCACCUGUGGCUGAUGCGGCAUUUAAAGGACCCAUUUGUGAAGGCUGCAAGAGUUGAGAGUUAUCGGUGUCGAAGUGCCUUCAAGCUCCUGGAGAUGAAUGAGAAGCACCAGAUUCUGCGGCCCGGACUUCGGGUGUUGGACUGCGGGGCAGCUCCUGGGGCAUGGAGUCAGGUGGCGGUGCAGAGCGUCAAUGCCGCAGGCACAGAUCCCUGCUCUCCUGUUGGCUUCGUGCUUGGGGUGGAUCUUCUUCACAUAUUCCCUCUGGAAGGAGCAACUUUUCUGUGCCCUGCUGAUGUGACUGACCCAAGAACCUUACAGAGAAUCCUAGAACUGCUUCCUGGUGGGAGAGCAGAUGUGAUUCUGAGCGACAUGGCACCCAAUGCCACAGGGAUCAGGAACCUCGAUCAUGACAGGCUCAUCAGCCUGUGCCUGUCCCUUCUGGGCAUGGCUCCAGACAUCCUGCACCCGGGGGGAACGUUCCUUUGUAAAACUUGGGCUGGAAGUCAGAGCCAUCAGUUACGGAGGAGGCUGAUGGAGGACUUCCAGGACACAAAGAUUGUCAAACCUGAGGCCAGCAGGAAAGAAUCCUCAGAGGUGUAUUUCUUGGCUACACAGUACGGCAGGAGGAAGCGCUCUGUGAAGCAGUGAGGACUUCUUGUGCCAUUUUUAUAAUGGUCAUUAGCUGCUUUUAACUACAGAAGUAGCCUGGGCUCCUUUCUGAAGAGUUAUGGGGAGAUCUGAGCUGUGGUUUGAGAGAUGCAGCAGAAUAAGUGAGGAGCCUCUUUUUACUAAAACUGAAAAGAGAUGACAAAACUAAGUUCAGGGGCCACAAAAAAUGAUAAAAAGUCUCCUGUAUCAUGAUUUGCGAAGAGAAAGUUAUCAGGAGGAAGAGAUGGGUGAAGAUGGAAGGAUGAAGCGAGACUGAGGAAAGGAUCAAAGGUGUCUGCUCAGACCAAGAUGGGUGUGCCAAGUAUGCCUUUAGGCGACUGCCUCAUCUUUCCGACAGUUAGGAUGUCACCGGCAACAGGCUUUCCACUGAUUUUUUUUUUUUGAGUUGGAGUCUCACUCUGUCGCCCAGACUGGAGUGCAG